AUGGGGGACAUGAGAAGAAUGCUGGCGCUACUUGAGGCUGUGAGGGAGAGGAGGAAGGUGCGGGUUGAAGUGAAGUUGUUUCGGGAGAAUAUGUGGGUGGGCGCUAUUGGUUUGGCAACUCUCGGUCUGGGCUCACAGUCACGAAAAGAGAAGGUCACGAAGAGACGGAAGAAGAAUAGAAGUAUAGCUCAGCGAGCCUAA